AUGGGGCAGGUGCCAGAUUCGACUCGCGCAGUCUUCUACCGAAAUGGGCCUGGUGUAGCGUUGAUGGGCGAUAAGUUGGGACUGUAUAAGACGAAUGCCCACAUGGGUUAUAUGAAGACCCAAACAGAGAACAGAGAAGAAGGGUAUAAGGCUGAUGGUAUUGAUAUGCCAUCAGACAUGCUCUAG